GCCAGUCCACGGUAACCUAGAAGUUUGGGCGGGUAACGCAAGAGAAAAAAGAAGUGAAAAUAACUACUUUUUCUUUUCUUGAGUUUGGUGAAGUGAGUGUAGUGUUGAGUGAGAUACGAUGAGUGCGGAGGACCCAAAUGCUUUGGCGUCAGUGGAAUUUGAAGUGUUCGGGCAAGUGCAAGGUUGUUACUUCACGAAGUACUGCAAAGAGCUGGCUGAGCAGCUGGGCGUGACCGGGUGGGUGAAGAAUUCUAAGAAGGGGACCAUCGUCGGCAAGAUGCAGGGGAACAAGCCGGAGCUGGAUCACAUGAUUGACUGGCUGAAGACGACAGGGUCUCCAGGAUGUAAGAUAGAGAAGUGCGAGCUGACCAACUGGAUGUAUCUCGCCAGGCUCGACUACCACGAUUUCAGCAUACGAUUCUGAAGGGCUCUACUGUCUUGGGUCAUUGGAGGAUGUACACAGAAUAUCAACCUUUAUUGACAUUGGACUGCACCAAAAAAAAUCCACAAUAAUAAAACUUCGACACUCAUAUAAGUACGUUCUCUUACACAAUUAAACGACAUUAAUUACUUAAUAUAGAAAAACAUAGAAUACUUAUAAAGUAUAGAAUAAAACAUAGAAUACAUAAGUGCGUAAACUAGCUAGCUUAAUUAACAUAAAUAUCCAGGAGAGAGGCAUCAUAGGCUGUAAUACAAGUAUUUAUAUACUUAGUCAGCUAUGGUACCUACCUAUUUAUACCUGUGUCCAAGACUAAGCUAUUUUAAGGAAAAAAUUGUACCUACUUUUUUGG